UGUUGUUGACACUGCAGACUCUGUGGGCCAGUGUGUGCCAGACCAUGCAGCACUACCCUGCUGCCUGGGGACACUACGACGUGUGUAAAUCUCAGGUGUACACGGAUGAAGGACUCACCUGGGAUUAUAUGGCCUGCCAACCUGAGGCCAUGGACAUGACCAAGUACCUGAAGGUUACGGUGGACCCACCCAACAUCACCUGUGGAGACCCACCUGAGACAUACUGUGCCCUGGAGAAUCCUUACAUGUGUAACAACGAAUGCGACGCCCAAAACGAGGACCUGGCCCACCCUCCGGAGCUCAUGUUUGAUUUCGAAGGUCGGAACCCCACAACCUUCUGGCAGUCCAGUUCCUGGAAGAAAUACCCCAGGGCCCUCCUGGUCAACAUCACACUGUCCUGGAAAAAAACCAUCGAGCUGACUGACGACAUCGUGGUCACCUUCGAGUCCGGACGCCCCGAACAGAUGGUUUUGGAGAAGUCGUUGGACUACGGUAAGACUUGGCAACCCUACCAGUUCUACGCCACAGACUGUCUUGACGCCUUCACCAUGGAGCACAAGACUGUCCAGGACCUGACCCAGCACACACUUCUAGACAUCAUCUGCACCGAGGAAUACUCCAGGGGCUACGUGUGGAAGAACGCUAAAACCGUCCGCUUCGAGAUCAAGGACCGUUUUGCACUGUUCGCCGGGCCACACCUCCACAACAUGGCAUCCCUCUACGGUCAGUUAGACACUACCAAGAACCUGAGGGACUUCUUCACCAUUACAGACCUGAGGGUCCGGCUCCUCCGACCGGCCACCGGGGCCACCAUGGUGGACGAGAACAACCUGUCCAGAUACUUCUACGCCAUCUCUGAUAUCAAGGUGCAGGGCAGGUGCAAGUGUAACCUUCACGCCAACAGUUGCGUGUUUGACAAAGAGAGGCUAAAUUGUGAGUGUGAGCACAACACCACGGGACCGGACUGUGGCCGCUGUAAGAGGAACUACCAGGGACGGACGUGGAGCGCAGGAUCCUAUCUUCCAAUCCCCAAGGGCACGGCAAAUACCUGCAUCCCCAGUAUUAGUCAAAUUAGCAGCUGUAGUUGUAAUCCUUCUGGCUCAGACAGUGUUCACUGUAAUGGCACAGGAUUUUGUAAAUGUAAGGCGGGAACUACAGGGGCUAAGUGUCGAGAUUGUCUGCCAGGAUAUUUGUGGGACAAUGGCUGCAAAUCCCGAGUGUGUGACAACGAGCUCCUGCGCUGUCAGAACGGUGGUGUGUGUCUGAACAACCUGCGGUGCCAGUGUACCCCGGCCUACACGGGCCUGCUGUGUGAGAAGCCCCGCUGUGAGUCGGAGCUGGGGAGCUGUGGUGGGCCCAACUCGGGUCAAGCCGCCCUCUCGCCUACAUCGCUCCCCACCCUGCUGCUGCUGGGCUGGAUGCUGCUCAGAGGGGCCUCCUACUGAC